AUGGAGAUGACUGACAUGAAACCAGAGGAGAUGAGCCACCCUCCCAUGGAUCAGCUGCUGGGAAUGGAGUACUGCAUAGACUCCAACCCUUCCUGGGGAGGGGCUGUUUUGCUGGGCUUCCAGCAUUUCAUCCUUUGCUUGGGGACUGCAGUGAUGAUCCCCACCUUGCUGGUUCCCCUCAUGGGAGGAAAUGCCCAUGACAAGGCAAAGGUGGUACAGACAAUGCUGCUUGUGACUGGGAUAAAUACAAUGCUCCAAACUCUGUUUGGAACUCGUCUGCCCACCGUCAUUGGUGGGUCUUAUGCAUUCCUAAUCCCAGUUGUAUCAAUAAUCAGUGACCCCUCACUGAUACAAAUUGCUGAUGGUCAUACAAGGUUCAAAAUGACCAUGAGAGCCAUACAGGGGGCCCUGAUAAUAUCGUCCUGCAUUCAGAUAAUACUUGGCUACAGCCAAUUGUGGGGGGUAUGCUCCAGGUUCUUCAGCCCACUUGGGAUGGUUCCAGUUAUUGCAUUGGCGGGACUUGGUCUUUUCGAGAGAGGAUUCCCAGUGAUUGGAACGUGUGUGGAGAUUGGUCUUCCGAUGCUUGUCCUGUUUGUGGCACUUUCCCAAUAUCUGAAGCACGUACAAGUGUGCCAUUUUCCGAUAUUGGAGAGGUUCUCAGUGCUCAUCUCCAUCGCACUUGUCUGGUUAUAUGCCCACAUCCUCACUGUGAGUGGGGCAUACAAACAUAGUUCGCAGGUCACCCAGCUCAACUGCCGAACUGACCGUGCCAACCUCAUCACAACCAUGCCAUGGUUUGAUGUUCCCUACCCACUGCAAUGGGGUCCCCCGACUUUCAGCGCAGAUCAUUCAUUCGGCAUGAUGGCUGCUGUGGUGGUGUCCUUGGUAGAGUCUACCGGAGCAUUUAAGGCUGCUGCCCGGUUGGCAAGUGCGACGCCCCCACCACCAUUUGUCCUGAGCAGGGGAAUUGGAUGGCAGGGAAUCGGGCUGCUAUUAGAUGGGCUAUUUGGUACUGCCAGCGGUUCUACUGUCUCUGUGGAGAACGUCGGUCUCCUAGGAUCAACCAGGAUUGGUAGCAGAAGAGUCAUUCAGAUCUCCGCUGGUUUCAUGAUCUUCUUCUCCAUCCUAGGGAAAUUCGGAGCGCUGUUCGCCUCAAUUCCAUUCACACUGUUUGCUGCUAUAUACUGUGUAUUGUUUGGCUAUGUCGGUGCUGUGGGGCUCUCCUUUAUGCAGUUCAUCAACAUGAACUCAAUGCGCAGCCUCUUCAUUAUCGGCAUGUCACUGUUCCUUGGCAUAUCCAUCCCGGAGUACUUCUUCCGGUUUACAAUGGGCAAUCAUCACGGACCGUCACACACGAGAGCUGGAUGGUUCAAUGACCUUAUCAACACCAUCUUCUCCUCACCCCCGACCGUCGGGUUCAUCAUUUCGGUGGUCCUAGACAACACGCUGGAUGUGAGGAACAGAGCUAAGGACCGUGGGAUGCCUUGGUGGGCUAGGUUCAGGACAUUUCGCGGGGACAGCCGGAACGAGGAGUUCUACAAUCUGCCAUUCAACCUCAACCGGUUCUUCCCACCAUCGUAA